AUGGGUGCAGCUGUAAUCCUUUUGCUGCUUAUAAUUGUUGGGCUCGGUGUUGCAUAUCAUAUGGGAAUCUUGGAACCAUACAUCAAGGAAGCGCAAGCACGACUGAAGCAAGGAGGCGGUGGCGGCGGAGGAGGAACGUGUAUGUUCGUGCCUGUCUGUCAAUAUUACACAUGUCUUUACAUCCACUCGGAUAUUUCAGAGGUGCAGAACUACGAAUGUUAG